UAUUGCACAUCCAUCAUGGAAAGCGGGAGUAUAAAACCGAUGGAAAUGCAUUCAUCGGUCAUUCCAGUAAGAGACUUCUCCUCUUCUGUGAUCAUGUGGACUCCCGCUUUAUUGUGCCUGCUGGUCGCAGCCGCCAAUGCCCAAUACGGGUGGAAAAAUGGAAACCUAUACAAAUACGAAAUCAACGGACGCACCCUGACCGCCCUGAACCAAGUCGCCGACCAAUACGCCGGAGUCUUAUUCAGAGCCAACUUCUACGUCCAACCCUUCUCCAGUGACAGACUGUCUGCCUACAUCCAAAAUGCCGAGACCGCUCAAGUUCACGCUGAGCUUCCAAGUGGAUAUGAAUCUCACAUCCCCUCCAGCCAGUUGAACUACAAGAGUAUGCCCCUCAGCCACGAGCCAUUCGAAAUUUACCUGAAGAAGGGAGUCGUCUCCAACCUUCGCGUCAACAAGAAUGUCUCCGACUGGGAACUUAACAUCAUCAAGGCUGUUGUGAGCCAAAUCCAAGUUGACACCCAAGGUCAAAACUUGAAGAAAUCCAGCCACAACCAACUCCCCAAGGAAAACAAGCCCUACGGUGUUUACAAGACCAUGGAAGACUCCGUCACCGGUGAAUGUGAAACUCUCUACGACGUCUCACCUCUGCCAGAAAUCACCCUCCAAACCAAACCCUGGUUGGUUCCUUUCCCCAACUUCCGUGAAAACGGACAAUUCAUCGACAUCGUCAAGACCACCAACUACAGCAAAUGUGAAGCACGUUCUGCUUACCACUUUGGUAUCACUGGUCUCACCAACUGGAAACCCGCCAGCAACCAAAUGGGACAAUUCCUCUCCCGCUCCAACAUCAACCGUGUCGUCAUUUCUGGAAACGUGAAAUACUACACCAUCCAAUCCUCUGUUUCCACCAACAAAAUCGUCAUCAGUCCACAGAUGUACGAAUCACAGAAGGGAAUGGUCAUCAGUGUCAUGAACAUGACCCUGGCUUCCUUCCACCAAGCCAAUGGAUCUCCCCGCAGCGUCAACAACUACCGCAAGGUCAACAACUUAGUCUACGACUACAUGGCCGCUUCUCCUAACGCAUACGCUCAACACUACAACAACAACGGUGCUUCCAGCAGCUCCUCCAGCUCCAGCUCUGACUCUUCCAGCUCUAGCUCAAGCUCCAGCAGCAGCUCUUCCUCUUCCAGCUCCAGCAGCAGCUCCUCCAGCUCCGAAGAAGAAUACUACCGCAACAAGAACUACAACAACAAGCACAACAACAAUGCCAACAACAACAACAACGACAACAACAACAAGCACAACAACAACGACAACAACAACAAGAACGAAAACAACCACCACAACGGAGAUGCCAACGCCUCUCGCAACCGUUCCCGCAGAGACUUGUCUCAAUACAACAAUGGAAAAAACAACAACGGAAACAACGACAAUGACGCCGAAUACGAAAAGCGCAACGGCCACAACGGCCACAACGGAAACAACGGACACAACGGACACAACGGAAACAACAGCCACAACGGACACAACGGCCACAACGGAAAGAACGUCGACAGUAGUUCCAGCUCCAGCAGCUCCGAGGAAAACGACCGUUACAACAACGGCAAAUUCGCCAGCUUUGCCCGCCACCACGGAUCUGGAUCCUCCUCCUCCAGCAGCUCCUCUGACUCCUCCGACUCUUCCAGCUCCUCCAGCUCCUCCAGCUCUUCCAGCUCCUCCAGCUCCUCCAGCUCCUCUGACUCUAGCUCCUCUGACGACAACAGCUCCUACGGAUCCUCUGUCGCCAGCAGCGAAGAAGAACACCAACCCUUCCCCAAGCUCUACCAAGCCCCACGUACCCCAUUCCUCCCCUUCUUCGUCGGAUACUACGGAAACAACAUCCAAUCCGCUAACAAUGUCAACAGCGUCGCUCUUGCCCGCAAAUUCGCCCAAGAAAUUGCCGAAGACAUGCGCAGCCCAAGCGACAUCCCCGCCAAGGGAACCCUGUCCAAAUUCACCCUGUUGACCAGAGUCAUCAGAACCAUGGAUGCCAAGCAAAUUGAACAAGUUGCCCGUGAAAUCUACUUCAACGCCAACAAGGCCUCAAGCUACAGCCAAGAGGACAACAAGAAGACCUACGCCUGGAAGGCUUUCCGCGAUGCUCUCGUUGAAGCCGGAACUGGACCCGCCUUCGUUGCCAUCGUCAACUUCAUCGAACGCAAGGAAAUCACCCCAUACGAAGCCUCCUUCAUGAUCAACCGUCUCCCAACUGUUGCUCGUGAACCAACUCCCGAAUACAUGAACUACUUCUUCAAAUUCGCCACCAACGACUACGUCAGAAACGCCAACUACCUUAACGAAUCUGCCCUCCUCUCCUUCGCCGACUUGAUGCGCAACGUUGCCGUUGACUUCAAGAGCGCCCACAACUACUACCCCGUCCACAGCUUCGGCUUCUUCUUCGACCAACACUCCAAGGCCGUCUCUCGCAAGUACAUCCCAUACUUCGAGCAAGCCCUGAAGAGAGCCGUUGCCAAUGGUGACAGCCGCAAGAUCCAGGUCUACACCCGCGCCCUCGGAAACUUCGCUCACCCACAAAUCCUCAGCGUCUUCGAACCCUACUUCGAAGGAAAGGUCCCCAUCUCCACCUACCAACGCACCUACAUGGUCUUCGCUCUUAACGAACUCGCUCGCGUCUACCCCAACCUCGCCCGCUCCGUCCUCUUCAAGAUCUACCAGAACACCCAAGAAAACCAAGAAGUCCGCGUCGCCGCUGUCUACUUGAUCUUCGCCACCAACCCAUCCGCCCAAACCCUCCAACGUAUGGCUCAAUUCACCUACGAAGACCAGGACCAACAGGUCAACGCUGCCGUCUCCUCUGCCAUCCGCAACGCCGCCAAGAAAUCCGCUGGAAUCCGCGAAGAACUCGCUGAAGCCGCCCAAUCCGCCGUCGAUCUUCUUAACCCCAAGACCUACGGACUCCAAUUCUCCAAGACUUGGCUCCGCGACUUCAUCGUCAAGGAAGAAAACCUCGCCUACAGCUACUACGCUGACACCAUCCAAAGCGACGACUCUCUCUUCCCCAACCAAUACUACGCUUCCUUCUUCCGUCACUUCGGAGGAUUCAACCAACGCGCUGCUUCCUUCCACGCUUUCGCCUCCAGUGCUAGCGACUUGUACGACAGAGUUGCUGACUCCUUCUACUUCGCCGAACAAUACCAAGACAAGUCCUUCGAGAAAUUCUCCAAGUACUCUGCCGAAGAAAUCUUCAAGAACUUCAACUUCAAGGCUGACUACCCCAAGGAAUUGGAAGCUUACUUCCAAUACUACUUCUUAGGAUCCAAGCAAUACUCCUUCAUCAACGAGGAAAUCUUCAACCAAAUCCCCAGAGAUUUGGAAAGUGCUCUUAACAAGGCUGCCAACGGAUACUCCUUCAACAACACCAAGUUCUACAACGACUUCGCUCUUACCAUUGGAUUCCCAACCGCCACCGGUCUUCCCUUCUCCUACACCAUCAAGCUCCCAACUCUCCUCAACUUCGGAGGAGAAGUUAAGGCUAAGGUCCAAGGAUUCAAGGCUGACAACAACAAGUUCCGCAUCCCCGAAGCCGUCAAUGUUACCGCUGCCAUCGAUGUCACUUACUCCACCAAGUUGGAAACCAAGUUCGGAUUCGUUACUCCAUUCGACCACCAACGCUACGUUGCCGGAGUUGACAAGAACAUCAACUUCAACCUCCCCCUUAAGUUCAACGUCAACCUCGAUGUUUACAACACCAAGGCUGAAAUCAUCGUCAAGCCAUUGAACAACCAACACGAACAAAGAGUCUUCCACUACAGCUCCUACCCCUACACCGCUUUCUACAGCAUCUUCGACUUCGCUCCUGUCCAAUUCAACAAGAACAUGAAGAAGAUCCAAACCAACAACCACAAGAACGAAUACAACCAAGCCUUUGGAAAUGACAAAUUCGGACUCAACUUCCGUGCCAACUACAAGGGAGACUACCAAUACUUUGAUUUCGCUACUUUCUACAACUACUUCCAACGCAACGACCUCGUCACCUUCUUCUUCUACCCAUGGGCUGAACAAGAAAUCAAGCAAAACGACUUCAACUUCUACUUCAACCCAUCUGCUUCUGACAACAAGGCCGCCAAAUUCACCUUCAACUACGCCUCCAAAUACGCCGCUAAGGAACAAGCCGACCACGAGAGCAGAAACGCCAACACCAACGAUGCCGUCACCUCUAACAACAAGCCCGACAGCGAAGAAAGAUUGAACGAAUUCGUCCGCAAAUCCUACGCCGGAAUCAACAGUGCCUUCGUCAACGCCUUCGACUUCUCUGCCCAAUUCCUUGGACAAAAGGAAGCCGACUACGUUUGCACCUUUGCCUUCGCCCGCAGCCCAGUUGCUGAGAAAUCUCGUUUCCUCUUCUACGGACACUACAACACUGCCAACAACAAGAAACAACAGUGCGCUUUCCACGCCUCCGCUGAGAUGCCCAAUGUUCCAUUGACCAACCCUGCUGCCGCCAUGAAGGCUGAGCCAGCAUCCAAGAUCUACGCUAACUUCAAGUUCGGAGAAUCUUUCGAAAAUGCCGCCAAGGUUCACUUCAACGCUAACUUGAAGCAGAGCUCUGAACGCCGUCAAUUCCUCCGCAACAACGCCCUUUACAAGCAAUGCGAAUCCGAAAUGGAACGUGGACAAUACUUCCUCCCUGCUUGCCGUAACUUCACCGUUGCUGACAACAGAAUGAACGAAUACUACUACAACUUCAACUUCCAAAACAUCCCUGAAUACUUCAAGAACUACACCUACCAAGCCUUCGCCUUCGCCCGUCACAUGGGAUACCAAUACCAAAGCGAAAACGUCGUCAACCCACACUACAAACCCAACGAAAUUGAAGGAUUCUUCAAGUUCUCACCCAGCUUCAGAUACGCCAACUUCUCUUUCGCCUCUCCCGCCUUAUCCGCUGCCUUCGACAAUGUCCCCGUAAACCCAUACUUCGCCGCCAUCUUCGCUCCCCACCCAACUUACACCGCCUUCGACUUCUUCAUGCAAGAAACUUUCAGAUCCAAAUACCAAGCUGCCUGUGUCGCUGACAAGGGAUUCGCCACCACUUUUGACAACAGAACUUUCCCCGCUCACUUCCAAAACAACUGGUACGUCCUCAUGGCCUACAUGAACAGAAACAACUACUACAACAACAACUUCAACCAAUACCUCCAACAAAACAAGAACCAACACAGCUACAGAGACUACAACGAGAAGAGAUUCUACUCCGCUGUCCUCGCCAGAGACAACAGUCACGGCCAAAAGGAAUUGAAGGUUGUCCUGAACAACGGUGAAUACGAAUUCAACUUCGAACCCGCCUCCCAAAACGCUGGAUUCUCCAACUCCUUCUCCGCUAGCAACCCCGCCGCCAAGGUCCAAUUCAACAAGGAAGAACAACACGUCCAAUACAAGUACAUGAACGACUUCUUCGACAAGAACGGAAAGAUCUUCGCCCAAUUCUACGCUCUUCCCGAUGGAACCAUCCGCUUCUUCGCCCCUCAAGCUGGUCUUGAAUUCUUCUAUGAUGGUGCUCGCGUCAAAUUCCAAGCCGCCAGCCAAUACCGUGGUGCCGUCCGUGGUAUCUGUGGAACCUACUCCAACCAAUACGCCGAUGACUUCACCAGCCCCAAGAACUGCGUCAUGAGAAACCCAGAAUACUUCACCGCCGCCUACGCCUUCAUCGACUCCUCUUCUCCCGCCCAACUCAAGGCCCAACGCGACCAAGCUGAACAGAGCUCCUGCGCCUACAAGACCUACUUGGCCGGUAACUACGUCAGCCGCAACGAAGGACAAAACGGAAACAAGUACUACAAGUACAACAACAACGACAAGUACUACGAAUCCGCCUACAAGAACUCCAAAUACUACGAUGCCGCCAGGUACAACCACCAAUACAACCCAUACUACCAGAACAAGCAGUACGCCCGCAACGAAGACGCUUCCUACUCCAGCAGCAGCAGCUCUUCCUCCUCCAGCUCUGACAGUUCCUCCUCUUCCUCCUCCAUGGACAACUCCUACUACUACAACAACAACGGUAACAACAACGACAACAACAACCGUAACAACAACCGCAACAAGAACCGCAACGGAUCCUCCAGCAGUUCCUCCAGCAGCAGCUCCUCCUCCAGCCCAAGCAUGGAGAGCUACGAACAGAGAAACCAAAACGGACCAUCCAUCCACAAGCUUUACCGCUCCAUGAACGAAGGAGACAAGACCUGCUUCUCCGUCAACUCCAUCCCAACUUGCAGAUACCCAUACAAGCCCCAAGGUGGAGCCAACAAAGAGAUUGACUUCUACUGUGUCCCCAGAAACAGCGAAGAAGCUCAAUACUUCGAGAAGCUCAUGAAGAAGGGAGUUAACCCCAGCCAACUUUCUUCCAAGAAAGCCAACAACCAAUUCAAGGUCAACAUCCCUGAAUACUGUGUUGCUUAAAAAUUUACUUUUUAAGUCAAAACGUAUGUGUUAACAAGUGUUCCACUGUAGUUUAGUAUUCUGUAUUAACAGAGAACCGCGGGUUUUUUCUCACGAUUGAACUUGUGUUCUUCUGCACGAAAAAAAAAAAAAAUUAAUGAAGUAUUAAUAAAUUAAUUUCAAGCAAUUAA